AUGGCGCCAGCCCCCUCCCCCCCAGAGGAGCCACCGGUACUUUGCGUCGCCAUUGUGGGCAGGGACGGAAGCCUCCUGUUCUUCCGCAGCUUCCGGAGGAAAAUGGCCGUUCCACCCGAUGCUGAUGAUCUUGAGCUUCAGCUCCUGCUGCACGCCGCGCUGGACCAGGUGGAGGUGCAGAUGCAAAACGUGGCGCAAGCAUUGUUGAAGGGUGAGGCGAAGGGCUCCGAUCCUUAUCUGGGCCUUCUCUCCCCGGCGCUUUUCGACGCCCAGGACAGCGCACAGCCAGCAAUCCACGAUACACACUCCUCGUCGUCCUCACACUCUGACACCAUGAGGCUGUAG